AUGAAGAACUUAAAUCCAAGUGUGCAUCCAAGUGGCUUGGAAAUCCAAGUGGUUUGGAAAUCCAAAUGGCUUGGAAAUCCAAGUGGCUUGGAAAUCGCGGGCUCUAUUCAUGGCUCUUGAGUCAGCCCAAAUCCGGCAUACGGUUGCGUAUUCAACGAAGAAGCUACGCGCCAGGUGCUUUCAUCGUUUGGAUUGGAUGAUUUUAAAUCUGCUGAGCUUUACGGACGGGAAAUGAGCCGUCCAUUCUUUGGCAUUGUCAACGAUCUAAGAGCUAUUGCACGCAUGCAGUAUCCACAGCAACCACCACGUGGUGGUCCUCGCCCUUUGAACAUGCUCUCAGUCAUGUGGAACCAUCCAAACGCGAAUGCGUCGACGUACAGAGUUUCCGACAUUUCUUCGGACGGUCUGGCUGGAGCAUUCCGCAAUCAAAUGAAAGUUAACUUAUCGGCGGCGAAGCGCGCCAAUGACGCGCAGAUGGGUGACGGAAUUGCACAGCCAUCGAACGAGCCACGCAGUCUGCCGCAUCUCUUGACCGAUGCGAUUUUACCUGGCAACAAUGAACAGAUGCUUCUUCAUUUCGGAGGCGGUGAUGCGCCAAGCAAACGUCACAAUUAA